AUGCGAGGUUCGCUCUGCAAGCAGGAUGGCCCAUGCGAGGUUUCCAGUCCGCUGGCGGCGGCGGGUUUAAUAGAAAAUGAUUCAGCUGCUGUAAUCGGGGCCAUCGCAACUGGGAAAUCCAGCCCCCGGGAGGAAAUCGCCUCCUCUGCAAGGGAGAUAAACCCCAGGAAAGUCAGUGCCGGCAGCGCUAACCCUCCCGCGCCCGGCUGCCAGAGCCUCCCCAGGCUGGCCAUCCCGCAGGCAGGAGCACUGGCACGGCCAGUGGCCCGUGUGCCCGACUCCCUCAUCCCCAUCCCACAUGGCCCCCGGACGCGGGGGGGCACGGUGGCCUCCGCGGUGUGCAUGCCCUGUGGCGCCAGCAGGAAGCUGCUUUCUCGGGUGAUCCUGGCAGCGCUGUGGCUAGCAGCGAGUGAAUCGCAGACCCCGGGGUGCCAGGACUGCAUCGUGCCGCGAGGGCAGCGGGUCACGGUGCGGCCGCCCACCCACAGCCAGAGGCAUGCCACCAGACCCCCCUGCCCCGCCGGCAUGAGCUGGAUCAAGGGGGCUGGCUGGUGCUGUGUCCAGUGUCCUGCAGGGACGUUCCUGCUCAGCCCCUGCUUGAGCCAUGGCAACAAGAGCAUCUGCGCCCCCUGUCCCACCGGCACCUUCCGCGCCCAGCCCAACACCUUCCGUGAGUGCCAGGCUUGUUAUGAGUGUGACCACCAAGCUUUCCAGACUGUGCUGAGGAACUGCUCAGCCACCAGCAACGUCGCCUGUGGCUGCGAGCCCGGCCGCUUCCGCAACUGCCUCGACGAGCGCUGCAGUGACUUCUUCUGCCAGCAGUGCCAGCCUUGCAUCAAACGGCUCAUCCAGUGGCCCUGCUCGGAGGCGCAGGACACAGUCUGCGGCAGCUGCAAGCCUGACUUCUACGCCGAGGGCGGCGAGUGCCGGCCGUGCCACGCGAGCACCCCGGAGACGUGCAGCAAGGAGUGCCAGCGGGUGUGUGGCGGUGGUGGCGGUGGCUCAGGGCUGGAGUAUGUGCUGCUGGCGCUCACCGGGCCCCUCUUCCUGGGCGCUCUCGUCAUCUACAAGAGGAAGUGGCUCCGGCACAAUGCCCCGGCAGGUGGCCCCCUCCCCGUGGCACAGGUGGCCACCCCCAUGGCCGGGGCUGUGGCCACGCCAUGGUGCCAGGUCAGUGCCCAAGGGUGGGACAGCCUGUGCUGGACCCAGCUGGGCUCCCCACAGGUGACGGAGCAUGCCACCAGCACGGCAUGGCAGAGCUCUGAGCACCGGGCCUUACUGCGGGAGCAGCCCAGUGGUGCGGCACAGCUGGGUGGUGAGGUGGAGCCCUCGGCCCCUCCGGAGCUCUGCAGCACCCUGCUGCAGGGCAGCCAGCUCUACGCCGUCAUCGAUGCGGUGCCGGUGAGGCGCUGGAAGGAGUUCAUGCGGGUGCUGGAGCUGCGGGAGGCGGAGAUCGAGUUGGUGGAGCUGGAGGUGGCCCACAUCCGCGACCAGCAGUACGAGAUGCUGAAGCGCUGGUGCCAGCAGACCAGCGCCACGCUCGACCGCGUCUUCACUGCCCUGGAGCGCAUGGAGCUGGCUGGCUGCGCCGAGGCACUGCGCCGGAGCCUGCCGGCGGGCCCCUGA